AGCGUCAUUUCCCGUGUGUGCACGAUCCGUGUGUACAGGCUAACUGCUUUUGUUAUAAGCUAUCUCUGUUUGUUAGUAGUUAGAAACAUAUAAAGGUUCCGUAAUUAGAAUAGCUGUUGUGAUGGCUGAAGCGAUUCAGAAGAAAUUACAGUCAGAGCUGGAGAAAUAUCAACAACUGCAAAAAGAUGUCAGUAAAAGUAUGUCAGCAAGACAGAAGCUGGAGGCACAGUUAACUGAAAAUAAUAUUGUUAAGGAGGAGCUUGCAUUGUUGGAUAGCCAAAAUACAGUUUACAAAUUAAUUGGACCAGUUUUGGUCAAACAAGAUCUAGAUGAAGCCAAAGCAACAGUGAGCAAGAGAUUGGAAUACAUCAACGGUGAAAUUCAGCGCUAUGAAACUUUACUGAAGGAGAUGGAGAGAAAGUCUGAGCAGCAUCGGGAAGUUCUCUCCAGCCUGCAGCAGGAGUACCAGCGCGCUCAGGGUCAGGCCGUUGGGAAAGUCUAAAUGGAUUAUGAAGCAAAACUUAUCCAGCAAAACU